AUAUCAACCAAAUUUUAUUUUUUGAUUUUACGAUUUUUGAAAAAUUAACAUUGUAUGGUCAAAGACUUACAACCAAAGGUUAAACUCCAAUUAGAUCAAAGAUGUAUUUAAAUAAGAUAGGGUAUGGUCUUCUAAAUAAUAGAAGACCAAUCUUAUCAAUAAUAGGACAUACGAGUAAAUCCAUUAUCAAACCCACAACAUCAAUUUCAAUCAAUGUUCAUCGAUUUAAAUCAAAUUUACCACAAGAUUUCAAUCCUAAAAAGACUUUACCACAACAAGGAGAAUGGAAAUAUUUAAAACAGCAUAUACCUGGUGAAUCUGUUCAAACUAAUGAAGUCAAGGAUCGUGUUCCUAUGUUCCCCUUGGGUAAAGAAAAUGUUCCAACUUUAUUACCUAAACCUAAUGUACCACAAGUUGGAAAACAAUAUACUUUCAGACAAGUGAUUCAAAUUUUAAAGAAUAAGAAACAACCGGAAUUAAUUUAUGAAAGUGAACCUCAUCGAUUAUACUUUUUAGUAUGUUUCUGUUGUGGGAUUGUGUUUACUGUGUAUGGGAUUAUUUUAGGAGAAUAUGCAUUUUUCAAAGCAAAUAAAGAUUAUGAAGAAAAUGUUGAAGAAAAGAAUGAAACUUUAAGAAAGAGAGAAUGGUUAAUUUCAUUAUUAAAGAAUUCUGUAUUUAGUUUAACCAUUUUAACUUUUGCUUAUCAAGUGUUUAAAUUACCUACUAGAUUAAUGAGAAGAAUAUGGUUUUUACCUGGAAAUAAAGAAUUUAUUCAAUUUUCAUCAUAUCCUUUAUUCCCUGGUAGACCAACUCCAAUCAUAACUGUUCCAUUAGAGAAUUUAAGUAGAAGAAAAACAUCAAGAAUUUGGACUGGAAAAGGGUUUUAUGGAACUGCUGAUAAUUCCAUGUUUUUCUUUAUUUUAAGAGAAAAAUUAGCUAAUGGUAGACUGAAGAGUUGGAUGGUUGAUAGAAAAGGAUUCUUUUGGAGUGAUGGUAGAGUAUUUGAUUAUUUAUUUGGUAAAGAGACUUUAGCUGAAUCUGAAGCAGGUGUUCCAUAUGAUGAACAAUUUGGAAUUAUAAAUCGAGAAAUUAAAAAGAAAAAGAAACAAUUAAGAAAAGAACAUGGUAUAUUUUAUCAAUUUAAAUUAAGUGGUCAAGAAUUUAAACAAGAUGUUGGUAAAGUGGGUAAUUAUUUAAAAGGAUAUAAUAAUGAUAAAAAUGAUAAGAAACAAUUACCUCCAACUGAUAAAAAGUAAAUUAAAUCGUAUAAAUAGUUGCAAAAAAGAGACUUUGUAAAUAGAAACCUACAAUUAAUGUAAAUACAUAUUCAAAAGCAUUUGAUA